AUGGGACGAUUGACAGGCAAAGUGGCCCUGGUGACCGGUUCGGCCUCUGGAUUCGGCGAAGCCAUUGUCCACGGCUUCGCAGAGCAAGGCGCACACGUCCUGAUCGCCGACAUAGCGGUGGAGAAAGGGAAGGGCGUCCAAGCCGCCAUUGCCAACAAACAGUAUCCCGACGGCGGCACGGCGCACUUCGUCGAGCUGAACGUCACCAGCAAACAAUCGUGGAAGGACGCGUUGGAAUUCGCAAAGACGACGUUCGGGAAGCUUGACAUCGUGGUGAACAACGCGGGGACGACGUACCGGAAACAAGACUCCAUGGGCGUGUCCGAGGCCGACUUCGACAAGAUCGUCGCGGUCAACAUUAAGAGCAUUUAUUGGAGCGUCGCCGUGGUGAUGCCGUACUUUGUUGAGCGGAAACAGGGUGUCUAUGUGAACACUUCGUCCGUGGCCGGUGUGCGAGUGAGGCCCGGACAGGUCUUUUAUGGCGGGACCAAGGGCUUCUUGAAUACGGUAACCCAAGGCCUCGCAGCCGAAUACGGCCCGCACGGCAUCCGGGUGAAUUCGAUAUGUCCCGUCCGAGGGGCCACAGGCCUUUUCGAAAUGUUCAGUGGCGUGGAAGAUACACCGGAGGAACGGGCGCGGCUGGCACAGUCCGUGCCCCUGAGACGGAUGGUGGAGCCCAAGGAUAUUGCUGCGGCGGCAAUCUACCUCGCCAGUGACGAAGCCGCCUUCGUGAGCGGUGUCAAUUUCCCGGUCGAUGGAGGCCGGCUAGCAGUUUGA